AUGCCCCGGCGGAUGGAGGCGGCCGCGGCGCUGCGGGCGCGGAUGCCGGAGGCGGUGCGGCUCCGUAAGCGGCGGUCGGUGCUGUACGGCUCGGCCGGCGGGGCCGCCGCGCAGCGAGGUGCCGGUGAGGCCGCGCCCGCGCCGGUGCUGGCGCUCGCCCUGGCGCUGCGGACGCUCAAUUGCUUCCUCGUCCAGACCAGCUUCGUCCCGGACGAGUACUGGCAGUCGCUGGAGGUGGCGCAUCGCAUGGUGUUCAAUUAUGGUUACCUGACUUGGGAAUGGACAAGUAGCUUAAGGGGCUACUCGUACCCACUGAUCUUUGCAAGUAUGUAUAAAGCAUUACAGCUGCUGGCUCAGGAUAAUGUUCAGCUGCUGAUCUGGGUCCCUAGGCUUGCACAGGCAGUGCUGGCUGCUUUUGCUGAUGUGAAGCUUUACUCAUUAGUGCAACACCUUGAAAAUUCAGAAACAGCAAAGUUUGUGUUCUUCUGCCAACUCUGUUCGUGGUUUACAUGGUAUUCCUGUACCAGAACUCUAACAAACACCAUGGAGACUAUUCUUACCAUUUUUGCACUUUCCUACUAUCCAGUAAAAGGUUCCAAGAUGGGGAACAGUUGUAAAUAUUUAGCUUUGGUAGCACUUGCAAUUGUUAUUCGUCCCACUGCUGUUAUCCCAUGGAUGCCUUUGAUCUUCAGUCAUUUUUUGCAAGAAGAGAGGAAAGCAGACCUUAUCCUGCACAACUGCAUUCCAGUUGGAUUGGUCACAGUAGGAACCUCUUUAAUAAUUGACCGUGUGUUUUUUGGUGAGUGGGUACUGGUUCAGCUGAACUUCGUGAAAUUCAAUGUGCUGCAGAAUUUGGGAACAUUUUAYGGCUCUCAUCCUUGGCACUGGUACUUCACUCAGGGACUGCCAGUCAUCUUGGGUACCCAUCUGCCUUUCUUUAUUCAUGGCUGUGUGCUGGCACCAAGAAGGUACCGCAUCUUUCUGCUGGCAGUGAUUUGGACAGUGGUGGUGUACAGCACUCUGAGCCAUAAGGAAUUCAGGUUCAUCUACCCAGUACUGCCUUUCUGCAUGAUUUUUUGUGGAUAUUCUUUGAAACACCUGAAAGCAUGGAAAAAAUCUGCAGCAAGUUUCCUGCUCCUAUCCAAUUUAGUCCCAGCCCUGUACACAGGCUUGGUUCACCAGCGAGGCACUCUGGAUGUUAUGGGUCACAUCCAGCAGCUCUGCAAUAACUCCCACCAGUCCCAAGCUUUUGUCUUCAUCCUGAUGCCAUGCCACUCUACUCCAUUCUACAGUCAUGUUCAYUGUCCUCUGAAAAUGAGAUUCCUUCAGUGUCCCCCAAACCUAACUGGCAAUGAGAACUACACUGAUGAAGCAGAUGUGUUUUACUCUAACCCACUUGGCUGGCUGAAUAAGGAGUUUUACAAUGACACAUUAUUACCCAGUCACUUGAUCUUCUUCAAUGUGCUAGAACAGGAAAUAUCAUCAUUUCUAGCUUUAAGRGGCUAUGAGAAAACAGCCACUGUUUUUCAUACUCAUGUACCUCAAGGACGAGUUGGAAGCCACAUCUACAUCUACAGGAGAAAAACUGAAAUGAAUCAUCCCUGA